GCUUUACUAGCACUGCGCAGAGUCCAAGGAACAGUAGAAGAAAUCAGCAAAAACAGAGUGAUCCCUUCCUUGCACAAUGUCGUUCCUUCACUUUACUUAGUUCACUGUACUCUCUUAUUUCUUUUUCUAAACACUGAAUAAUUGAGCUUUAUAUAUUAUUUAUGGAUUUCUCCCUAUUAUCAGUUGCCCAAAUUUUGCUGUGUUACGCGUCUGUGUUUAUACUCAACUCGUGAUCGUGAACCUCUUGAACGAGCGGGAAUCAAGGAAGCCAUUUUAUCGGUUGAGCAGAUUUUCUCAAGUUUUCUCUUUGUUUCUCUCUAGCUCAAUCGGCCAUGGAUAAUGAUGAUAUUGAGCUUCGCGUGGGACUGCCUCUUCCUCGUUCGGUAGAGCAAUUGCUUCAUAAAAUUUGCUCGGAGAAGAACCAGUCCCCGCCGAAGGCCGAUGUUCGGCGAAAAUUGGUCGUCGCCGGUGAAAAAGAGGCUCUUCGGGUCCUACAAAUAAUCGACAGAAACCAGGUCAGGAACCUCUCGGCAUACAUAUCUUACAUGCUCCGCAAUUCUUCUUCACCAUCACCACCACCAACACCAUCACCACCACCAUCACCAUUCCCUUCUCCAUCUCAUUCGCUUUCGUCUUCUCGUUCUCCUCCUCCUCCGAAGAGGGUCUCUGUUUCUUAUUCUCCAAUUCAAAGAAUCUCUUCCUCUUCCACUCCCCCAAGUGAGUGUGGCUCCAUUCCUUGCUCACUCAGUGCACAGACUGAGACUCCCACAAAAGCCAGAGAAAGGGGACAACGAGAGGCAUUGGAAGCUUUGGGGGAACUGGAGUUUAGAAAGCAAUUCUUAAUCCUAAAUUACAUUGCCGGAAAUGAGCUUCAGGCAGUCAUAACUGACGAAGAAAUCAGGAGACUUAAAGAUGUUGCAAUGGUAGAAUUUGAAAAACAUAUAUGGAAACGGUUUGGGAGAAAUUUUUUGGACCCACAAGACCGUCUAAUGUAUCAUGAUUGGGAUUCUAGAAGAACACACCUAUACUACUGUCAUGUUUCUCCGGAAGGGAGUUAUAGAUUCAAGGGCCCUUACCUAAACAAUACAAGAACUCACUUACAGAAGGUUCUAGGGGAUGACAAUGUUUUGAUGGUUAAGUUUGCCGAAGAGUCUACUUCACAUGAUCCGAACUAUCCUGGCUUUACAAAUUUAUGCAAAGAAGGGAUUUUAGUUGGUUUACGUCUGUACUGCUAUUACGUUUUUAAAGAUGGAGGUAAGGAAGAGAAGAAGAAAAGUCCAACUUCAUCCCCUGUAAAGUGUUUUUUCAUUCGCACUCACUCCAAUGCGCACAUUGAUCAGAAUGCAUCUUAUAUCUUGUCCGAUGGAAGUUAUAGAACAAUGUUCGAUAGAAGACUUCUGUUUAUGCAUGCACAUACAGUAUCCAAUGUGGCCAAAUUUAUGGCUAGGUUUUCACUGAUUUUAUCCAAGACACAUAGCUUGGAUAUUGAUCUAUCCCAAGUUCAAGUUGAUAUAAUUAAAGAUAUACCCUGCCAGAAUGAAUUUGGUGAUCUUAUCUAUAGAGAUGGAGAACCUCUUAUACACACAGAUGGCUCUGGGUACAUUUCUGAGGAUUUAGCUUUGUUGUGUCCAAAGAAUGUACAUAAAGGACAAUAUAUCAACGAUAAGUUUUCUGAGAUAAUCCAAAAUCAUGAUGGGCUUGAUGACAAAGUGGAGAAUGGUGCAAAAGUAGAACGGCAAGGAUCUGGAACAGAGGAACCUCCUAUGUUGAUACAGUUCCGUAUGUUUUACAAUGGCUAUGCAGUUAAAGGAACCUUCCUUGUGAACAAGAAGCUUCAAGACAAAACAAUUCAGAUUCGAGAGUCAAUGGUUAAAGUUAAGCCGGAUCCAGAUAUUUUGAAUAUUAAGACAGUGAAUUCAUUGGAAGUAGUUGGAACAAGCAAUCCGCCCAAUAAAACUUACACAUCAAGAAAUUUAAUUGCACUUCUAAGCUACGGAGGGGUGCCACACAAAUAUUUCGAGGAAUUACUUGAGAAUGCAUUGAGAGAAGCUUAUGGUGCUUUCAGCAGUAAGCGCACUGCACUUAAAGUUGGUAUUAUUUAUGGGAACAUGGAUAGUGAUUUUACAAUUGCAAGAAUGAUCUUGUCUGGUAUUCCUCUUGAAGAGCCCUACUUGCAAUAUCGUCUUUCUGUACUAAUGAAGGAAGAAAAGAAGAGCCUAAAAGGGGGAAAGCUUUACAUACCUGAGUGCUAUUAUUUAAUGGGAACAGCUGACCCCACUGGAAAACUUGAAAGUGACGAAGUUUGUAUUGUCCUUCACAACGGACAAAUUUCUGGAAAGGUGUUGGUGUACCGAAAUCCAGGUAUACACUUUGGUGACAUUCAUGUUCUAAAGGCCACCUAUAUAGAAGAACUGGAAUCUUUUGUCGGAAAUGCCAAGUAUGCUAUAUUCUUCUCCACAAAAGGUCCAAGGUCAGUAGCUGAUGAGAUUGCUGGGGGAGAUUUUGAUGGAGACAUGUACUGGGUCUCAAGAAACCCUGAGUUAUUGAAAUAUUUCAAGCCAAGUGAACCUUGGGUUCCAAUUCCCUCGACAAAGAAGGUUGUGAGUAAACCUAUUCCAUCUUCGCCUGAAGAUUUGGAAUACGAGUCUAUUAAACAUUUCCUCCAAAUUAGGUUUAAUCCAAGUAAUGCCAUGAGUGAGGCAGCCGAUAGCUGGUUGGCCUUAAUGGACAGGUAUUUGAUUCUCGGGAAUGAUUGUGUUGAGGAGAAAAAUCUUGUCAGAAAGAACAUCGUCAAGUUAAUCAACAUUUACUACGAUGCUUUGGAUGCUGCAAAGAAUGGGAUAAAGGUUGUAGUUCCCAGAGAGUUAAAGCCGAAAAAACUUCCUCAUUAUAUGGAAAGGCAAGAUUUUUAUGAAUCCAAGUCCAUUUUGGGAUUGAUCUAUGAUAGGGUGAAUUCAUAUAAAGAAGAGGAUUAUUCAAACACAGAGGUCUGGAAGCUUCCAUGUUUCGAUGUCGAUAUCAUCUCUGAAGACAGCUUGAAGAAAUGGAAGGAGCUCUACAAUAUGUACAGGGAAGAGAUGUGUGAUGCCUUGAAUAACAAGGAUAACGAAGUGAAAAACAAUGCUGCUGAUGAGGUCAAGAUGAAGUAUAAGAAGCUCCUAUAUGGAGCUGAGGACUUGGAGGAGAGCCCAAGGAAUAUGGAGGAGAUAUAUAACGAGGCCAUUGCCAUAUACCAUUUGAGUUAUGACUAUGCCAUGAGUGGUCGUGGUAGUGUCAAGAAUUGUUCAUUCGCGUGGAACGUUGCGGGUUCAGCACUCUUCAAGUUUCACGCAAUCAAAAAAAUUGGUGAGAAAGCCUUUUUCUGUGUUCCUUCUGUUUUAAAAGAGGUGCUCUAAGUAAAUAAAUAUGCCUAACAUAAUUCCACUUUUUAUGGUGUAAUACGCUAACUUUAUGAUUAGGGAUAGGGAUAGAUGCAGGUCAUUAGAUAUGUAUUGUACAGUACUUAUGAGCACAUUAAUUAUACUCUAAAUUAAUGAAUAUCAUGGUAAACUUUGUAUUUCUAUUAAAUCUAAGUUUCAAUUCAAUGCUA